AGGUCAAUAGACAGACAGCGCUACGUGUCCUAUCACGCUUAGACCAACAUAACCCACGGACCAUGAACAAUCCAUCCAUCCAUCCAUGCACGUACAAUCAUGCAACCACCCCGACCAAAGCCAACACUCACCAACCAACCACACCUCCCCCAGUACGUACACCAAAAAUUAAAAACCCAUAUCCAACGUCCAUAAACGAUAACAACCAACCAGCCCAUCCAUCCCACCGUUCAUAUGAUCUGAUCUGAUAUGAUAUGAUAUGCCAUGAGCUCCCCUACCCAAGAUCGACAGUCCAUACAUAGUGUGUCCCUUCAUCCGUGUCAAAACAGCACUAAACGGGCAGAAACAAGGUCAUGCGACCACU